UGCGGUAAGCCUGGUGGAUAUCAAUGAUAAUGGCACCCAUAUCAAGACAAUUAAACGGAUACCGCACAAAUUUGCAUCCGUAUAUGUUCUUUUCGGCCAGUUUUAUUGCUCCACUUUCAAGAUUCUAGGCGGCUCGGGUAUAUAAGAUCUCCGUAACCCCCAACAGAUCAGCACAAACCAUCCAGCCUUCAAGCUAGACUAACAAAAAAAGAACCAACCUUACAAAAAUGAAGUUCUUCAUCGCCAGUUUCCUGAUCGCCGCCUGCGUGGCCCUCGCCCAGAGCAGUGUGAUCUACUCCCCGCUAGCCUCCGUUCCCGUGGCCACCGUUCCCGUGGUGCGAUCCGUGUCCGUGCUCCGCAGUGUUCCGGUGGUGCGAUCCGUGCCCGUGGUUCACAGGGUUCCAGUGUUGCGUCAUGUGUCCGUGAUCGACUCCGUACCGGUGGUGCCCUCCGUGGUUCGCGUAGGACACGCCUCCGUCUACGAUGCUCCUCUGGUCCAAUCCUACGGCGGCUGGCUGAAGCAGAAGUAGAUGGAUAUCCAUGUUAACGACCUUUCCUUAUGUGCAAAAUAAACCCUGAAUAAAACUAACAACUAAAUAAAUCGAUGAUUUACUUUUAAAGGUUAUAAGGUUUGAAGAGCUAUUGGGUAAGGGUGAUAAAUUCCUAGGUGCCAGAUCAUUAAUCUUAAGCUAAAUCAAUUUUAUGUGGCUAAUGGUGCGGGUAACCAAGAUUAUGGGACUUAAAGGUAAAAGUAAGUAACACAUUUAGUUUCAAAGUAAUGGCGCCAAGCUAUCUCCUAAAUAUGAGUGCCAAUCUCUAAAUAAUAAACGAAAACUGCACCGAAAACUU